GGACUCGUGCUCUUAAUGUCUUAAAAUUUUCUUUCGUCAAUUAAGACUCAAAUUCUGAAGGAUGAAGUAGCUAAAAAUGUGAAGGAUCGUGGAAUAACGUAAUUUAGUACCUGGUACAUUCCUACAUACCUACAUUAGGAAAAUUGAGUGUACGUAAAACCAUCCCUCGGCUACCUAGUUCUAGUGACCUGCAGAGCACCGCAGACUCGAUUCUGUAUUGAUAUAUAUGAAGAAUCAUGACCUUGAAAUAAAUAAAUUUGACAGAAUGAUUACAAGUCCAUCACUGGAGAACACAUUCAUUACCAAAAUGAAUACUUCCGGCAUGUCUUACCAUUCAUUUUUACCACGAGCCUACAUUGCUAAUUUCUUAGCAAUUGUAGUUAUGCUCUCUGUUUUCAUCGAUUUUGCAUUCACGACACGAAUCACAGGCGGCUCUGAUCCGUCUAUUAUGAGAGUUGGUGACACGUAUUAUUCCACUGGCUCAGACGGCGCUUCCGUUUAUGUUCAUUCCUCAAGCACACUCGAGGGUCUCGCUGCCGACAGUGGUCACAAGGUCUGGUCUGAUAAUGCAGGCCGAGGAGAAGUCUGGGCUCCUGAGAUUACCAUGGAGGGAUCAAAUACUUACAUCUAUUUUUCUGCCGGCACAGGUGCCAAUCACCGUAUGUAUGUGAUCAGCGCCACGACACCUCUCGGACCCUACUCAUCAGAGCAAAAUCUGGCUCUACCCGACGAUCGGUGGGCUAUUGAUGGCACUUUCUUCAAUUACGGCGGGCAAAGAUGGUUUGUCUGGUCUGGAUGGGCAGGAGCCAGUAGCUCGGAACAAAAUCUAUACAUUUGUCGGAUGAGUGACCCACUCACGCCGACAGGAGCUCGAUAUGUAAUUUCACAGCCACGUGAAAGUUGGGAGCAAGGUGACAGUCCACUGGUCAAUGAGGGUCCCGAGGCUAUAAUUGACCCCAAUGAACAACUGCAUAUCGUGUACUCCGCUAACGGCAGCUGGGACAACAAAUACUGCCUUGCAGACCUUCGCCUUCGUGCUGGUGGUGACCCAACCAAUGUGUGGGAUUGGUAUAAAUCAAACGGCUGCCUCUUUGGUUCACACCAAGACAGGAUGAUGAGUGGUUGGGAUGCAACUCUCCACAUUGAUGGGCCUGGUCACAACACCUUUGCAUUACCCAACGGCGACAUCAGCAAUAGCCCCGGUGGAACGAAUCGUAUCCCUUUUGUUUUCCAUGGUGUCGAAAAGGGCACUCCAUAUAGCUGGGGGAACCGGGCUAUAUUCACUGGCAGCUUCGUUUGGUGGGGCAAAACUACUUAUUCUCGCAAGAAUGUACCGGGCGACACCAGCAAUCAAGGCUUCAGCUUUAAAUUCUUUGAGUAGGUGUAUCGAAAUUGAAAUUUAUAAUGAAAGUAGUAAUGAGUUAAAUUCUUUAUAUAGUCAAUUUUGAAACUACUUUAUAUUAUACUACA